AUGACACCCUUACGGCUCCUGCCGCUGCUGGGCACCGUAGCAUGCCUAGACUACGCCGCGGACUUGGCAAGCUACCGCGAGAAAUGCAAAUCAAAACCGAACACGGCCUUCUGCUGGAUGGACGAUCCUGGUAACGUCGACGGUCGUGCCGCCGCCCCGCGCCGGCCUGGUUUCGAUGGGAGCGAGCAGCGUGGGCCCGCGCCUCGACCUGCGCUUCGACAAUGGGAAAGCGUGGACGGCGGUGCCCCACGCGCUGACUGGUUCUAAAGCGCACGCCUUCUCCAGCAAACCGCGGCUGUGUGCCCUGGCGACCGAACAGACGGACCCGUCGCCCUCUCUCUUGUUAAUUGCGAACAACGUCGACUACGUGUUUAGACUGUGGCCCUACUUCAUUAAUAAAGUAAUGUGGGCGUCUUCGACAAGACACCGCCUUUCAAUCUGGAUCGGCGAGCUGCCCAAGAUCGUCGCCGCCAAGAGCGGCGACGGCUGUAGAGCCUCAAAGCAGAAGCAAUCGCUAUAUAGUAGGCGACUCAAGCAGAGCUACUACGGGUCGCCGCGGCAGAAGUCCAGCAACCACCACGCGAAGAUGCUCGCGGCCUACCGGUUGCUCGCCGAUCCUUAUGUUACGGGCCUGUACUACGUGGACAUGGACGCCUACGUGAGGCCCGAUGCCCUCUUCUCCUCCGUGCCUUCGUUGUUUCGCAAGGUGCACUAUGACGACGUGGUCGACGUGCUCUUCGAGAACGCGCGGGACCAGAGCCUCUUCUGGCACCUGCACGGCGACACGUUUUAUCUAAGGGACGUGGCUUUGUCUCGGAUCUUCCUCAAGGCGCGCGGGCGGCGUCCGAUUUCUUUUCACGCCAUCGCCUCUCGCGUCGAUGGCGUCGAGCGUCGAAGCGUGAGUACGCAAACGUGGGGGCGCCGAUGCGCGGAGAGUCUACGCCAUCGAGCAAAAUGAAGAGCGUCUCAAAACACAGGAGUGGCUCGAGCGGCGGUGCGGCUUCAAGGACCAGUACUCGCUCUGGCACGCCGUGCUGGGCAUGGCGGGCGCCGCGGGUUGCAUGGAAUACGACGGCGAGAUCUACCGCAACUUCACGUACCAGGAGGCGCUGCACAUCGACAAGAACGAGUGGAAGGCGCUGAAGAUGACCUGCGGCGGGCGCCAGAAGCGCUGCCCCGAGUUCCGCUUCUGCCGGGACAAGUACGACCUCGCGCGCCAGCACUUCGUGCACUCGAACAUCGACGCGGGCGCCACGCGGCGCUUCCGUUAUGAUGUGGGCGGCGGCUGGCGCGCCGACGUCGUCGUGGCCGACCUUAGUGGAGGCCCCGAGGGCGACGACGACGCCGUCGACAAGUCGGAUUUGCUGGGAAUGCUCGGGCUCCUGCACGUCGGCGCCGACAGGGUCCUCGGGCAGCUACCUCCACUUGAAGAAACGCCGCCGUCGUCCGGCGUUUCGGUCGGGUGGCUCCUCUUCCUCCUGCCCGGCGUCCUGGCCGCGGCGUGGCGGUGUCGGUGUCGUCAGGAACCGGAGGACGAGGCGUUCUCGGCCUACGGCACGCGACGACCAGCGCGGGUUCACGCGUAA